CGGGGGCUGAAAUGAAGGGGUCGCGGGAGGGAGGGGCGUCCCACAGCGGAGCAUCGCGGACACCUGGGUAAAAAGGUAAGCGGCGCUCGCCCAUCGUGGCCUGAUCUGAUCUUCGAGAGGGCGGUCUCGGCCCUUCAGUCCCUUUCGCCGCCAGCCGACGUCGGAAACCCGUCCCCGCGCGACACGCUCGAUCCCGCUCGCACGACUUCCGGUGAUCCACGCUACUUCCGGUGAUCCACGCCACUUCCAGUGGUACACGCUACUUCCGGUUUUACCGCCAGAUACCCGAUCUGAGUUUCCCGCGGGUCCCUCUGUGAGCUUUCGAUGUUUCGAGCUUCUUGCCGCUGAGAUCGCAGUGGCGGAUUGAGAUGCGGGCUUAUGAAUGACCUUGGCGAUGAGUGGCUCUUUACAUAAAUUCAGGAUGCUGAUCGCAUGGUUCCCGAUCUUGGUGCUGCCCGUCCUGGCGAGCUACGCGCGAGCCAAGCCCGAGGAGGCGGAGGAGGUGAGCCAGACCUCCGCGACUCGCGACGGCCUGUCCGACGCCUCCCUCUACGACCAGAGCGAGCCGGCCACCUCACCGGCCUGCGACACCUCCGCCGAUAGCGACAUCGAGAGCGUCCUCCAAGAACAGCUACCCCCGGAGAACGACUCCUGGCCGUCCGACGAGGACCUCUCUGAUUACGAUCCCGAUGACUGGGCCGAUGGUCAACAUCGGAGAGAGAAAAGACAAGCAGAAGGCCAAAAUAAUGACCCUCUUGACUUUCUCGAGCACCUAGACCCGAAAAGGGCCAAGCCUGCAUUCAACAGUUGGGGAGGCAAAAGAACCUCCAGCUUCCAUAGCUGGGGAGGCAAAAGGAGCAGUGAAGACUCCAUAGACGCUCUCGAAGAAACAAAAAGAAACGACCCUUUCAUAAUCUUAAAAUUCGCCGAUUCUCUGUACAACACCAACGGAGGCUUCAAACGACGUCCAUCCUUCAACAGCUGGGGUGGGAAGCGCGCCGGCACGGCGGCGUUCAAUAGCUGGAGUGGGAAGCGCGCCGGCGCGGCGGCGUUCAAUAGCUGGGGUGGAAAACGAGGGCCGAAUUUCAACAGCUGGGGAGGGAAACGAGCUCCCCCCAAACCGGCGUUCAACUCUUGGGGUGGGAAACGUGGACCUGCAUUCAACAGUUGGGGUGGGAAACGUGGACCCGCGUUCAACAGUUGGGGAGGGAAACGGGCAAAUUUCAAUUCGUGGGGUGGGAAACGCGGACCUGCGUUCAACUCUUGGGGCGGGAAACGCUCACCUGCAUUCAAAAGUUGGGGAGGAAAGCGGGCGAAUUUCAACAGUUGGGGUGGGAAACGGGCUAAUUUCAACAGUUGGGGUGGGAAACGUUCGCCGGCGUUCAAUAGCUGGGGUGGGAAACGCGCGCCGGCGUUCAACAGCUGGGGUGGGAAACGAGCCGCCUCCGGUUCGACGUACAACGCGCAGGGUGGGAAACGUGGUCCCGCAUUUUACAGUUGGGGCGGGAAAAGAAGCUCAAACGAGAACUACAAUCUAGGGCAAGAAAAUAAAGAAACCGGCAUUCUGGAACUAGUGAAAGAACCCGGCAACUUAGACCAACCCAUUUCUCUGAAUAAAAGAGAGGCUACAAAGUCGACCGCUCCCGAAGCAGGUCCUAGUGAUAAAAACUCUGAUAAUACACACACCUUGGUAAAAAGAGAGGUUGACUCGAGAGAAGGAAAUCUAGACCCCUCUAUCGCGGCUGUCGAGAAGCUGUACCGCGAUUUCAAGGAAAGGGAGAAGAAAUGCGCCAAAUCGAAAUCGAUCGUCCACGGCGAGCGAGUUAAGCACCUUUUGAAUUACAUCCUCAACCUGAGGCUCUCGGAUCGGGAGCCGGAGGAGAAGAAAUCCGUCAUCCACAAGAUGCUCCUGAGGGCGGCCGACUACAGCCCCGACUCUUCAACGUUCACCCAAUCGAGAAGAGGCGCCGAAUUCCACUCGUGGGGUGGGAAGAGGAGUGAGGUUAACUCCGCGUGGUACGGGCACGAUUAAAAUUUCGCCGGCCCGGUGAUUAACUACAGCGGCGAGGCGUGAUAAUCGAUUAUCGAUAUUUCCCCAUUUGAAGCUAUGGUAAAGAAUCGGUUGCCUAUUCUGCCGUGCUAAGCGAAAACGCCGUAUGGACAUUCGGGAGUUGUCAAA